AUGACGCGACACGAUGAUUCAGGCGGUGUUAGCGCGUUGGUUAGACAUACUGCCGGCAUGGCUGAAUUAGCCAUCAAUGCCGGUCAUCCCGAUCGCAAACAUAAUGAAUAUUUACCGUAUCCUGAUAAUAAUUUCAAUGAUAUUAUCGACGAACGUUUCCAACGGGCCGACAAAUUUACUGUUGCACAUGUAUUUGAUCGGAGUGGCCGAACGUUCGUUCCCAACGUUCCAGUUCAUGUGAAAUCCAUUGUUGCAGAGCGUACCUAUGCAGCUUUUACUGAAUUUCUUAAUCCAUAUCUAUAUUGUGUGACUACAAAACAUGGCCCUUUUGAAUGGACCAUAUACAAACGUUAUCGAAAUUUCAGUGAUUUACAUAAAGCGUUAGUUCAAUAUGUCGAAGCUGAAACCAAACGAUCGAUCAGUGAUUUAGAAAAAGUGCAAGAAGAAGAAAAUGAAAAUCCAUGCUUUCCGACACGAAACGAUCGCAUGGCAUUCAUCAAUGACAGUAUUGUUCGAGAACGUUGCCAAAUUCUUCUCGAAUAUCUUAACAAAAUUCUUAAACACCCAAAAUUUCGCAAUCAUCCUGCUACACGUGAAUUUUUCGAUGUUAGUUGUGUAUCGUUCGUCUAUGGUUUAUCCGGUUCGAUAAAAGAAGGUUAUCUCUUAAAGCGUUCACAUGAUGAUUAUCGUGGACACAGUAUUUUCUUUCGUUUACCAUUCUUCUGUGAUUUCUGUAAAUUUCAUCACGGUCGAAAAUGGUUCAUCAUCAAAGAUUCCUAUAUAACUUAUAUGCGUCCGGAUACGUAUGAAGUACGUUUUCCAAUGUUAGUCGAUCGUGCAUUCGAUAUAGCCACUGGUUUUCGCCAUGCUCGAACACCGCACGGUAUAAAAAUCACCAAUUUACAACGAAGUCUAGUUUUGAAAUGUCGUAAUCGACGAGAUUGCGAAGAAUGGACACAACAUCUAAUGAAUUUAAAAGAACAAGCCAAAUGUUUUCUCAGUUCCCAAACAAGUCGAUUCAAUUCCUUCGCACCUAUUCGACGUAAACAAUUUGCACAUUGGUUUGUUAAUGGAAAAUCCUACAUGGAAUCAGUGGCAAAAGCAUUAUUAACAGCGAAAGAAGAAGUAUUCAUCACCGAUUGGUGGCUAUCACCGGAAAUUAUGAUGGUGAGACCAACCGAUGAUGAAACAUUCCGAUUAGACAAUUUAUUAGGAAAAAUCGCUGACGAUGGAGUACGUGUUUAUGUACUCGUGUUCAAAGAAAUGUCAUUUGCAAUGGGUCUCAACAGUCUACAUACAAAACGAGCGUUAAUAGGCAAGAGCAAAAGAGGUUUUAUUAAAGUUAUCCGCCAUCCUGAUCAUUAUCCAAGUGGAGGAGUUUUCUUGUGGUCUCAUCACGAAAAACUAGUGAUUAUCGAUCAGAAAAUUGCAUUCGUCGGUGGAAUCGAUUUAUGUUUCGGUCGCUGGGAUGAUGAUUUUAUGCGUCUCGUGGAUUUGGGUGAAGAAAAUGAAACAAAAUUAAAGUUGCCAGGUGAGAUCGAAGCUGAUAAGCAAGCAGCAGGUGGCAAAGAAACAGUUGAAGCAGCAGAAAUAACCACAACUGAAAUGGCUGAAAAUGCAGGAGAACGACCGGCAAAGACGAUCAGUACAGAUCAGAUGAGAUCAGCAGUCACUCCACCGAAUAAAGGAAGUGAAGAUGUCAAGCCAGGUGAUCAAGCUCAUGCAAGUGGAGCCGGUCAUCAUAUGAAAACUGCAGCUAAAAAAUGGAUUGAAUCGAAGUUUUCUGUCCAUAGACAAUCGAAUAAAAUCUAUCCGGAAGAACCCAGUAGAAAUGAUGGUGACGGAAAUGAAAGUGACGCGGAAAAGGGUAACCAUCGAAUUUCUCGCAAACCGUUGAUGCAUACACUAACUAGUGCUGAUAAUAAAUUAACUAACAAACCUUAUGAACAAGAUCUCCAGCCACAACGAGUGUCCCAUUGGCGUCAUUCGAAAACCAAUUUAAAUCGUUUACGAUCGCUCGACUCCCUCGAGACCGGUCAGGAUGAUCACGCUGCUCAUACUAACGCUGCUCCUUCUUCUCAUCGAUUUCGCUCGCAAAAUGCUUUUAAUAAAUUUGUUCACCAAACCAUAGAUUUCGCACGACACGAUCAGAGUGGUGUUGAACCAAAAGUGAUUGACGAAGAUGAAGAAACCAUGCGACGACAACAAAGAUACGCAGGCAAAUGGCGGCGAUUAGCAAAGAUCAUGAGAAAAGGUAGUGCUGACGAAGAUUCGGAAGAUGAGGAAAAGCCUGAAGAUCCUCAAUCUAUCAUUGGCCCAUCGCCUGUUAUCGACACAAAACAUCGGUAUUUCAUUGGAAAGGAUUAUUCCAAUCCUUACGAGAAAGACUUCGAAGUUCUCGAAAAAUACAGUGAAGAUUUUAUCGAUCGUAAAUUAGUUCCUCGAAUGCCAUGGCAUGACGAAGCACUUGUCGUUUUUGGCCAAGCAGCUCGUGAUGUCGCCAGACAUUUUAUUCAAAGAUGGAACAUUCACAAAUGUGAAAAAUUUCUCUACAAUGAUUCUUAUCCGUUCUUAUUACCAAAAACUUACGAUGAUCCCGACGAAAUACGAGUUACCAAUUGGAAAGAUUUUCUUGAUUCUCCACCGUACAAAGUCGAUGCUCAAUGUGUUCGAUCCGUAGGAACGUGGUCAAUCGGUACCAGAACAAUCGAAUCAUCCAUACAAAACGCUUAUUUACAAAUGAUUGACGCAGCAAAAUAUUACAUUUAUAUCGAAAAUCAAUUUUUUAUUACUAUUGCUGACGAUGCCGUUGUCAAAAAUCAGUUGGCUGAAGCUCUAUACCGACGAGUAUUACGCGCACAUGCUGCUAACGAAAAAUUUCGUAUCUACAUUGUUCUUCCUCUUUUACCUGGCUUUGAUAAUGUUAAUGCCGUUCAAGCUGUACUCUAUUUCAUCAUGCGCUCGAUCACGAAAGGCGACCAAUCUUUAUUUAAACGAUUAGAAUUAAGCGGUAUACGACCCGAUGAAUAUAUAAGUUUCUACGGAAUGCGUGCACAUGAUGUUUUAAUGGGUGUUUUAGUCACUGAAAUUAUUUAUGUUCAUUCGAAAUUAAUGAUAAUCGAUGAUCGCAUGGCAAUAUGUGGUAGUGCCAAUAUUAAUGAUCGUUCAUUGCUCGGGCAACGAGAUAGUGAAGUGUGCAUGGUUAUAAAUGAUCUCGAAGAAGAAGUGGGUGUAUUCGCCGGGAAAGAACUUCGUGUAGGCAAAUUUUGUUCAAGUUGGAGAAAACGACUUUUUGCAAUAAUGUUAGGUAUUCAAUUCGAAAAUCCUAAUAAUAUCGAUCUCAGUGAUCCGGUCUCCGAUGAGUUUUAUAAUUAUUUUCGCGAUGUAGCCAAAAAGAACACGUUAAUCUUUGAAGAAGUUUUCGCGACUCUCCCAAGCGAUCGUGUUCGUCGAUUCGAUCAAGUCGGACAAUAUACCGAAGUACCAAAAUUGAAAGAAACUGAUCCGAUACAAGCACAAGAAAAAUUGAAAGGCGUGCAGGGUUUAAUUGUCGAAUAUCCGCUUUAUUUUCUGGAUGAUGAGAAUUACCUGCCAAGUCUUCGAACGCGUGAAGGUCUCGUUCCGAAUGUAAUGUGGACGUGA